CCUCCCGUCAAUUUGGUCCUCGGCCAACAGAAUCCUAAUUCCUUAUACUUUUCUCGGCGCUUUUACAACCUGCCACAAGAAGCUGGCGCAAAAGGUGCUUCCGAUACCUUAGAAGAUAGUCUUCUCUACGCUCCUGAACUCGACCCACAAGUCUUUGAUAUGUACAAAACAUACACUCAUACCGGGAAGAUUGAUUUCAAGUUGCCAGGAAACAUCAAGGCAGAUCACAUAUGGAUUGCGUGUUGGCCUCUCAUGAAUGCAUUUACGCUAGGCUGUGUCAUAAAAGAACCUAUCUUCGCUGAUACGGUGAUCGACAUGUUGGUCAAAAAGCUGACAGUAGGUGUUCAACCAGACGAAGAAACUGUGAAGCAUUUGUUCGGCGCUGGAAAAGACAUACCUGAUGCACUGAAAGGACUUGCUAUCGACCGAUUCCUUGACGCUCAACAGCAGUCCUCUACGCUUCUCGACACCUCUAACUACCCAAAGCCGUUCGAGCUUCUCGCUCUACAAACUGCAUUACGACGCUUGUCCUGUGACCACAGCACGACAGUUACACCGGGCUGCAAAUAUCAUACUCAUGGUACAGAGAGAGCUUGCUACAGGAUUAAGCCCACACCGGACGAGAUAUUGAAAGCGCGUGAGAUACUGAAAGCGCGCAAGCAUGCAGAAGCUCGCCUGGCUUCUGCUCAAGACGCGAAGUUCGUCAAAGCGAACAUUUUGCGCAACGGAGUCGACAGUAUCGACUGGGCGCAGGGCAGGGUGGAUGCCAAU